UGCGUAACCAAGUAAGUUCAAUAAGGCCGUGCUCAUAAAUACGCUGAACGAAAAAAAUUGUGUGGAUGGGUUACCCGCACGAUGCGCGCACGUGAUCGACAGUGGAUAUUGCACCCGUACAUCCGGUGAUGUUUACGGCCCUUCUCUGCUACUUCUUCUUACUCCUUCCCACUUGUAUAAAUCAAGGGCUCACCACGCACCAUAUGUGGAAAGACCCUCGAAGGCCAAUCGCCGACGGGUUGUGCUAUGUAGACCGCGACUCUUUCAAUGGGAUAACCAGAGCCAUUAUGUCAGUAAUCCUGAUAGACGAUUGCGAACAAUAUCAACAAUGGAAUAAAGUUACGCCGAUUAUAAAUAUGUGUAUGUGUGGGUAUAUAUAUAUAUAUAUAUGAGGGUAUAUAUAAUAUAUAUACAUGAGUGAUAGUAUAUAUAUAUAUAUAUAUAUACAUCUCAAGAGUUUGACUAAUUUACGCGAAAUCGCGA